AUGGAGAACGCAUUGGCAUUGGUUCGUGAUGAUGCUGGAGUCUGGAGAGACCAAGAUGGUCAUAGGAACGAUUUUGAGCUCAAGCCUGUGUAUUACACUCUUGUGGGUCAGCAUCCUUUCCAUGGUCUUUCUCAUGAGCAUCCGAUGGAUCAUAUUGAGAGGUUUGAGGAAUUUGUCACCAGCAUCAAGUACAAUGGAGUGUCCAAUGAUUUCCUCUUCUGUAAGCUGUUCCCAUACUCUCUUGCUGGAGAAGUAGCUAACUGGCUGAAGCAGUUGGAACCAGGUUCGCUGACUACCUGGAAAGAGACCAGGAACGCCUUUCUGCACAAUUUCUAUGAUGAUGCCAGGUCUGAGGAACUGAGACUCAAAAUAUCAACGUUUUCUCAAGGACCAACUGAAUCAUUCAAGGCUGCUUGGGUGAGAUUCAAGUCAUAUCAAAGAGAUUUUCCACAUCAUGGUUUCAGUGAUGUUCAGCUGUUGGGUAUUUUCUUCAGAGGUGUUGAUUGGAGAUAUCAGAUUGCCCUUGAUGCAGCGAGCAAUGGAAACUUCAACACCAGAUACCCUGAAGACGCUGUUGUGCUUAUUGAGAACUUGGUAUCUAGCAAUAGUACCAAGAAUGCAGACUAUCAGCGAAAGAAGCAGGGUGGAAACAUGGAUGGAUCGCAGAUUGCUGAGGUGAAGGCUAAGCUUGACUCUGUUCAUAGCCUUCUAGCGGGUAAGAAGUCCGUCCGAUACGCUGCAGAGGUUAAGAAUUUCGAACCAGAUGAAGCCCUUGAGGAAGAGGUUGUUAACUUCAUCCAUGGAGCUGGAUUUCAGGGUCAGAGAUUUGGUACUCAGCAAGGGAACACGAAUUACAGUGGAAAUAAUCAGAGGAGUACCUUCACAGGUAAUCAGAACUCUUCUGGUUAUAACUCCAAACCUCAGUACCAUACAUCCUACUCCAACAACAGUUUUUCAAGGAACUAUGGUUCUCCUCCUACUCAAACUCCAGAUAAUGAGGUGAAGUCUAUGCUGGAACAGAUCUUGGAAGGUCAGCAGAAGAUGACUGUGGAUUUCAAUGGGAAGAUUGAUGCUCUGUAUCUGGAUCUGAAUGGAAAAAUUGAAGUUCUGAACACUCAUGUCAAGAAGCUUGAUACUCAGGUUGCUCAGACUGCAGAGUUUGUAAAAAGGCAAGAAGGAUUCCUUCCUGGGAAGAUUGAUACCAAUCAUAGGCAUUACUGCAGUGCAAUCUCGUUAAGAAGUGGUAAAAAGUUGACUCCUGUGCUGAAAAAGGGUGUUUCUGAGGAUGAAAUUGUGGAGUUGGACGAAUCUGAAGAAAAUUUCGAAGUUGCAGAGCCGGUGUCGAGCGACACCACAACCAGUGUCGCGCGUCACCAAUUGCAGAGCAAAGCUGAUAUUGCUCAAAGUACGAAAUCUGCUGAGGAAAAGGUUUACAAACCUAAGGUUCCUUACCCAAGGAGUCUUAGGAAGUCCAAGCAAGAGAUAGAUGAUGCCAGAUGCAAGGCUUUGAUGGAGAAGCUUGUGAUUGAGAUUCCUUUGGUUGAUGAUGUGAAGAUUGCUCCUACUCUCAGACACUAUGUGAAGAAGAUGGUGACUAAUAAUCUGAGUCAUGAGGAAGGAGUGAUGAUGAUAUCUGAACAGGUCAGUGUUGUGAUUCAGAAUAAGACUCCAGAGAAGAUCUCAGACCCAGGAAGCUUUGUUUUGGACUGCUCUAUCUUCUGA